AUUGGAUUACAGAUCACUCGCUCCUCAUCUAGUAUAUAAAAGUGAUUGAUUUGUAGUAACAGCAUCAGUUUCAGUUGUUCUUUUCAAGCGUGUUUAUCAACUUUUCAAGUAAAUCACAACUUACAAUAUGGCUCUGUUAGCAAUCAUUCUACUAUCAGUUAUUGCAUGCGCUGCUACCGCAGGGGACUUACCUUGCCCAGAAGUCUGCACCUUGCAGUAUGACCCAGUCUGUGCCACGGAUGGUGUUGUGUUCAAGACUUUUGGAAAUCUGUGUUUGCUGAAUUUGGCAAAUUGCUAUCAGGGAGGACAUUUCACAUUAGUUAGCGCAGGCGAAUGUCCGCAUUAGUGAGGAUUGGAAUCAUAAAUUAAUUAAUGCAAAGGACGAAUAAUAAAGAGAUAAUUAAAUAAAUUUUUGCUAAAAUCAUGAA